UUUUUUUGGUUGUUUUCCCAAACUACAAUUGUACACUAACAUUUAAUGGAUUCAAAUACUACUUUGUUUUUUUUUAUUUCUCGCACAUUUUUCAAAUCUUCAAAAAUUAAUUUUGGGUUUUUGUUGUUUCCAUUUGAGUUUUCGCGCGUUUUCCUUAUUGGCUAAUAUUCCAUUAUGGCCGCUUCGUGGUUUUUCCCAUUGGUCGUACACGGUAAUACAAUCUUUGUCACUCUCUUUUUUAUUUGUUAUCAUGGUCUUACAUACUUGUAGCUAUAAAACCAUUUAGAAUGCAUAGCAGACCUAAAUUUACCUCUUAACAACAACCGAAGCUUCCUAUACAAAGAAAUUUUAAAAAUUAAAGGUUAAUUCAUAACAGUGAGUUAUACACUUUUCAAAUUGAAUAAUUUUAUGUACAUAAACCAGACAUUUAGAUAAUAUACAUCCGUGGUUGUAAUUGUAUUAGGGUUGGGCGUUGUUAUUCUGCGAUUAGUCCAUUUAUCUCAUUGUAUGGAAAAGAAGAAGUUAUAUACUUUUAUAGCUCAAAUAACAUUUAGAACUAUUGAUUUAAUAUAAUCCCGAAAGAAUGGAUUUGGAGCAAAAAGUUAUUAAAGAAGAAAUUGAUGUUCACGAUGUUUUCGUUUGGAAUAUGGAUGUUAAACAAGAAUUGAUUGAUGAAGUACAUAAGGAAAAUUGUGGCAUUAAACAAGAAAUUACUGAUUCAAAUAUAGUAGUUGGAGAAUCUAUUGUUGCACCUAAAGUAGAAAGUGGCGAUUCCUAUGAAGUUUAUAUACAUAAUAAAAACAAAUUUGUAAAUUCAAGAAGAAAAAUUGGAAAGCGGAUUAAAUCAAAAGGAAAACUCUCCAACUUGAAUAAUGUUGCUGGGAUUAUAAUAUGUGAGUUUUGUGGAAAUUUAUAUACAAAACAAAUAGAAUUCCUCUAUCAUUUUUCAACUAAUCAUUGUAUAAAUCAAAAUAAAUUACUUUAUGAAAAGGAAUUUAAUCAGAAAAUUAUAACUAGGAGGAAAAUUCAAAAUUUUAAGUCGAAAGUUGAAGAUGUAAAACAUGAAAUUGAAGUAGCCGAACAUGAUUUGAAAGACAAAAUUCAAGAUAUUGUAGAUGAAAAUGAGAAAUCGAAGAGAUUUUUGCAGGUUAACAAAGUAGAAAAGUCGUUCAAAUGUGAAAUUUGUUCAAAAACUUUUUCAAAAAACGCUAAUUUAUAUUUACAUUUUCGUAUUCACACAGGAGAGAAGCCUUACAAAUGUGACAUUUGUUUGAAAAGUUUUUCAGUGAAGUGUAAUUUAAAUAAACAUUUGGGUACUCACAUGGAAUGUAAACCAUUUAAAUGUGAUGUUUGUUCGAAAAGUUUUUCAAAAAACAGUAAUUUAAAUACACAUUUUCGUAUUCACACAGGAGAAAAGCCAUACAAAUGCAAUGUUUGUCACAAAAGUUUUUCAGUAAAAAGUAACUUGAACAAACAUUUGAGUAUUCACAAAGAAGAAAAGAAGAAAAUAGAGAAACCGUUUAAGUGCGAUAUUUGUCGGAAAAGUUUUCCACAAAAAGAUAAUUUGAAUAAACAUUUGCGGAUUCAUACAGGAGAAAAGCCGUUUCAGUGUGAUAUUUGUUUGAAAAAUUUUUUAAAGAAAAGUAAUUUGAAAACGCACCUUCGUAUUCACACAGGAGAAAGGCCAUUCAAAUGCGAUGUUUGUAUGAGAACUUUCGCACAGAAAAGUAAUUUAAAUUUACAUUCGUGUAGUAAAACAAGAGAAAACACAUUUAAAUGUGACAUUUGUUUAAAAAGUUUUCCACGUAAAUUUGAUCUAAAUAAACAUCUGCUCAGUCACACAGAUGAAAAGCUAUUUCAAUGUGAUAUUUGUACGAAAUCUUUUUCACUUAAACAAACUUUAAAUAUACAUUUUCUUACCCAUAGAGGUGAAAAACCAUUCAAGUGUGAUACUUGUAAUAAACAGUUUUCAAUGAAAUUUAAUUUGAAUAAACAUCUGCUUAUUCACACGGGAGAAAAACCAUUCAAAUGUGACAUUUGUGCAAAAACUUUUUUACAUAAAAAAAGUUUACUAAGACAUCUUCGUGUUCACACAGGAGAGAAGCCAUUUAAAUGUGAAAUUUGUUUUAAAACUUUUGCACAGAAAUUUAAUUUAAAUAUACAUCCGUGUAAUUACAAGGGAGAAAAACCAUUCAAAUGUGAUAUUUGUCCGAAAUCGUUUUUAUGGAAAAGUAAAAUAGAAAGACAUUUGCUCACCCAUACAGGAGAAAAACCAUUCGAAUGCCAUUUAUGCGGGAAAUCUUUUACACAAAAUGGCAAUUUUAACAAGCAUCUACGUAGUCAUACAGGAGAGAAGCCAUUUAAAUGUGAAAUUUGCUCGAAAACUUUUUCGAUUAAAAAUAGUUUGAACAACCAUUCACGUAUUCAUAUUGGAGGAAAGCCGUUCAAAUGUGACUUUUGUAACAAAACUUUUUUAUAUAAAAGGAGUUUAAAUAAACAUUCUUGUUGUCACAAAGGAGGAAACUCUAUAAAAAGUGACACAAAAAAAUAGUUUUGGUAACAUAAUUAUAUAUAUAGUCCGAAAACUGGAAAUAAUAAAAACCCUUGUGUUGGAGAAUUAAAUAAUUCAAUAAAGCAUACUACCAAGUCGAUUGAGAAAA